AUGGCGCGUCGACAGAACGUGAUUGCGACCUCCAUCACCCACUCCAUUCGACACAGCGACGAGAAGCGCAAGCCCGUCACGGCUCGCAUUCCUGCCUUCUUCUACGUAUACUGGCUCACCUUUGAGUGUGUGCGCGAGGAUCUCUUCAAAGCUUUGAGAGCAGCCUGGCAAAUCAGCGAAGAUGAAUACAGAAAGAGUUUCGGUGCCGAUGAUAAGGUUGCUGCUGCAUUGAAACCUAUGGGUACUCAUCUCCCAUUGUCAGUACCAUUCCGCAGCAUAGCAGCUGACUUUCCAAGGCGAUAUGGGAUAUUCCGGCUCCACUUUCUUCACCACAACUGACAGCCGAUACCUCGUCAAAAGCAUUCCUCGCCACUUCGAGCACUCGUUCUUCAAGAACGACUUGCUAGUGCCGUAUGCGGAGUACAUGCAGAACAACCCUUCUUCACUGUUAUGCAGGAUUACGGAUUUUCUAGAAUGCUAUGAGUCAAGCAUUGGCACCAUGUUCGGCUCCGCACCAAGCCACCACAUCGUCAUGGACAACAUCUUGUUCGGAAAAGGCGAGGACGGCGCAGAAUGGGAAGAUUGGGAUCUCAAACCCAUGAGCUACUUCUACCCAGAACGCGACGUAGCCGGCGGUGUCUUGUCUAGCGAAGCAACGAAAAGCAAGCUAGCAGACGAGUUCAACGACAAAAUCUUGCUUUCUCUGGAUCAAGCUGAAGAGUUCAAGGCUCAACUUGCAAAGGACACGGCAUUGCUUGCGAAAUCCAACGCUGUCGACUAUUCGCUGUUUCUGGUUAGAAUCCCUUACUCCGAUCCUGCUGAUCCUACGAAGAGUGUCGGCACCGAGAACGUGACUCCGGCAAAGGCUCCCUUCGUGCCUCCCAACCCUCCAAGUUGGCGCACUGGAGCGCGAUCAGUAGACGGCAAGUACCUAUACAGGGCCGCGAUCUUGGAUUUUUUCUGGGCGAAGCAUAAGGUCCACGCAAAAGCAAUGACUGGUCUGAUUAACGUAUACAAUGCUGUUGACCGGCAAGGCCCCAUGAGUGUUACAACGGAGAGUCCGGAAUACAGGAGUCGGUUUAUGAAAAUGUGCACCGACUUGAUCGAGACUCUUUAG